CUCUAGCUCUAUGUACCGUAAUUCUCUGUAAUCAAUGGAGAACCUUGCUUCGGAGCGGGUCACUUCACACUCCUUUACCAAAUUCAGCUCACCCGAAGGCACCGCGUUCUGCCGCAACAUCGCAUCGAAACACUGCCUACCAUGGGAUCCUCACGACUACCAGCUCGAGGGCGUUUGCAAGGCUCUCGACGGCAUCGACGUAUUCGCCAUCACUCCAACUGGAUCGGGGAAGACGGGUUUUCUCCUGAUUUACAUGCUGGUAGCCCAGGCCAUUGCAAAGGACCGAGAGCUGUGUCCGAAGGGGCUGCGGUCCCGCUUCAAGGCGGACCCGUGUAUGGUGGUGGUCUGCCCCACGAAGUCGCUCGAACACGAUAUGGAGCCGAAGUUUAAGGCAGCUGGUCUUACGACAGUCGUCAUCAAUGCUGAUACCACCCGGGCAGCUCAGGCUGCCAAGGUCGACCUCUGGUCGACCGCGCAAUCCAAAACUGCAGUCAUCCUGUUAUCUCCCGAGCAGCUCACUAGCAGGCCGUUCCAACGACUCACAUCCGACAAGACGUUCGCCGCCCGUAUCAUGGCGCUCAACGUCGACGAGGCGCAUUUGCUAUGCUUCUGGGGAACGCGGUUCCGAACUGCAUUCCUGCACAUCGGUCAUGUACGAGUCCGGCUCCCGACGACACCUGUCCUGAUUGCUCUAACGGCAACAAUCUACGCGGGCUCGCAAAUGGACAUGGUGUGCCAUUCCUUGGGCUUGCACACUGGCCAGUAUCAUCUCAUCCGGCGUUCGAACGCACGCUAUGACAUACGGUGGCUCUUCCGUAUAGCCCAGGCUGGGGCAAAGUCGAAGGAAUUUACGGACCUCGAUUGGACUAUACAGACGAAUCCUGGUCGCCGUGUCGUGGUCUUCUGCAAAACGAUCGCACUAUGCCAUCGGGUGGCUAGUUAUUUACGGGACGAAGCGACGAGCCUCCCCAACUGCAAGGAUCGAAUUCGCCCAUUCACCUCCAUGUGUGGUGACGAUUAUAACCGGAGGACACUCGCCCUUCUGCGCGAUACGUCUGUAAGCGGCUUGCAGGUAACCGUCGGAACCGACACAAUGGCAUUUGGUCUCGACGGUGUAACAGACGACGUCGUCUCGUUUGGACACAUCCCCGACGACCUCAACCUUAUGCUGCAGCGAGCUGGACGUAUUCGUGACGGACGAGGUCGGGAUGCACGGGCGAUCGUAUACCUACCUCGCACAGCUGUUGAGCGGGCUACGAUGGCUCUUGGGCUCGGCGGUUCGGUGGCGUCUCUGAGCAAGAAACGCAAGGCCAGCGCGUUGGACGAGUCGGAUACCAUCGACCCACUUGUUGCGCGGGUCAUCCUAGCGAAGUGCAAGGUCGACGAAAUCAAUGCCAUAUACGAGAACCCAGAGAAUGACGUACCGUGCACCUGUCGAACCUGUACAUCUAGAGUCCCCCUGACGCGGCCCUCGCCGUGCAAUUGCAGUGGUUGCCAACCAGAGAACCACAGCGAGGUCUGUGAGCAGAGCAAGGGCUCGACCGAAGGUCUUCAAGUUGGAGUGUUGCCAGAUGGCGAGGCCAGAGCUCCGCCACGCGUCCAAAAACGAAGGCGAAAGGCCGGGGUGUGCUAAAGGUUACAAAGAAGAUGCGCAAGCACGGGAACAAGGCACUUACGGAGUUGCGAUGGG